UGGAAUCGCAGUGUGCUUCGCAAUUUUUUUUGUUGGUUUGAGUUAAACUAUUGUUAUUUUUUUUGUUGAACUCGGCAAUUGUUAUGAAUACACAAUGGGAUGUUAAAAUGUGUGCCCAGCCAUGGAGUCGACAGAUAAGAACAAUGCUAUAAAGCUCUUUGUGGGGAACCUGGCGUUGGACACCUCUCAGGAGGACCUGACACAGCUCUUUGGGCCAUACGGACAGGUGGUCACCUGUAGUUUACUCAGGCAGUUUGCCUUCAUCCACCUUCAGGGAGAUGGUGCUGCUGAUCGAGCCAUAAGAGAACUGAAUGGACGGGAGUUCCGAGGCCGCAACCUAGUGGUUGAAGAGUCCCGCGGGCGGCCCCUGAACUCCACCAAGGUGUUUGUUGGGAACCUUAGUGCCAUGUGUUCUGCUGAGGACCUACAAGAGCUCUUUCAGACCUUUGGGAAAGUUCUGGAGUGUGAUAAGGUCAAAGCGAGGCUCUCUUCCUCGGCGGGCUAUGCCUUUGUGCACAUGGAGCGGAAGGAGGAUGCGCUGCAGGCUAUCGAGGCCCUCCAUGGUACCACCUUCAAAGGCCGACCCCUCUCUGUGGAGCUCUCCAAUGUGCAGCCCAGUAAACCCACCACGACUACAGCCAAGGUCCCCGUUAUGAGUCACUAUGCCACUGAAAGCCCCUCCAUCAACCCUCAUAUGGAGCACCACCAGAGUCAGGCUGCUGUACUGGCUGCUGCCGUUGCUGCAGCUGCAGGUCUGCCUCUUCAGGUGCAGCAGAGCUUGCACAACUCUGUCUACAACACAACAAGCUUUGAUCCCACCUACGCUGCGCUAAAGGGCAUGACGGCAGCCAGUGCCACAGAUGGUACUCCAGUGAGCCCUGCGGUCUACGGUGCCCUCGCCAGCCAGGUGUACGGCUCUGUAGCGGAUCAGGUAUACGACUCUAUAGCCAACCAGGCCUCCGCCUAUCAGAGUUCAGCGACACCGGACGCAGCUGGUUACAGUAACCAGUACGACGGCGCAGCUGGGGAGGCAUCGUCAGCCCAGGCAGCUGGAAACCCGGCCUACGGCGGGGCCUCUGCUUUCUACAACGGUAGCUCCGCCUAUGGCUCCACGGGGGGUGCAGACCCCACUGCCCAGGCCAUCUUUGAGGCAGCACGGGCCCGCUUCUUCCAGCAGGGCCAGCAGGUUCUAGCUGAGCAGCAGGCGGGGACUAAGUCAGGGGACCGGGACCGCAGCCCCGUGCGGCGCUCCGCCCCUCUGCUGCCUGACCCCGUGCCACAGCCCUUUCCCCAGCCACGCCCCAAACGCCGUGCCCUCCUCCCAACGCCACCCGGCCGACCAGAGGACCCUGCGGCUGCUGACGGAGACCCCAUUGCCAGAUGCUAUGCAGAGUACUAUCAGCAGGUCCAGCAGUACCAACAGUACCAGCAGUACCAACAACAGUACCAACAGUACCAGUAUGGCUACCCACCACCAGCCCCGACCCAGAUGCCCACCCAUCAGAUGCCUGUGCAGGCCCCGCCUCCGACGGAGGCCCCGCCCCCAGGGCCUGCCACCUACGCCCCAGCUAGAGCGUAUGAGCCACCUUCAUCACACAAGGAGCCCCUCCUCCGCCGCCCUGACUACUCCCACCUCCACAUGCCAGAGCCCCCCUACCGAUAACCCUUUAGAUUGCAGUGUGUGUGUGUGGGUUUUGAAUGUUGUGUGUGAGAGUAGUUCUGGUCCGAAUGUGCAUCACUGAAAAGUGCCCAUUUAUAAGUCCCCUGUUCUGCAGCUUUUUGUAUCUGAACACAUUUCUAACUAGUUAAUUUGACAUUAUUGUAGGCCUGGUCUUGAUAAGAAAGCUGCCCCACAAAACAGUAAUCUGUAUUGGGAAGUCGUUAUGGUAGUCUCUUCUUGAUUGUGUUGCGUACUGGGUGCUCUUUAACUACAAGUAAUCCUUAUUCAUCCCCUACAUUUUAGUUUACCAAAACAAAUUCUCAAAUUUGCAAGAAUAUUCAUCCAUACCAGAGGAGUGCCUUGUUAAAAGCCUAGCUGGAAUAUUUUGUCAAAUACAUUUGUGUGUGUGUGUGAGAGAGGGCAUGGAAAGGAAGUGCCCAAAUCAAUCCAUGCAUUUUGUUAGCAGGCCCUUGCCUCUAUCCUCGAGGUGACCUUUAGCUCCUCCAAGUUGAACCAUUAGUUCACGUGUAUAGAUGAGAAUUUUUAUUUUUCCAUUGGCCAGAUUCCAUUUGUUUUUAUUUGUAUUGCCUUCAUCAAAGACUUAAUAUGGAAAGUCAAUGUUCCAAUAGGUUCCAGCAUAGAUAUGUAGAUAUUUGGGUAAUAAAGUGGUUAUAGGGUUUAGCGCUUGUGUUAAAAAAAAUAUUUAAAGCAAGGGGCAAAGUAGCUUUACAUAAGGACCGGUGUGAGUGCAUGUAUGUAUGUGUGGGCAUGUGUAAACCAUCUAGGGGAACAAUAUAAGCGUUUUUGAUAAGUCACUUUUUAUAACAAUCACAGGAAUACACACACACACCUCAGUCAUCAGUCUUUCUCUCCAUAAAGUGGGGUGCUGGGGCUUUGGGAGAAACACUCGGGCGCUUUACUGCACCGGGGAAAGGGGGGGGGGGUCACUUUUUCCUUGCACACAGCCAGCCUCUGGGGAAUGUAGUCCUUGCCCAUGUCCUUCUGGUAGAUCUGAUCAAACCUCUCAGAUAGAAAGGCCAACAAAGCAGACCAUUUUAGUAUCUGAUAGUCUAGCUUCAAACUCACAUUUUCUUGGGGAACUAGUUUUUAAUUUGCAGCCUGUGAUACAUGAAUGCUUUCCUCUAUUUGUAUUAUACCAUGAAUACUAUCCUAGUGACUUUUAACUGGUUUGACCUCUUGGUCUAAACGUAAAAUGGAGAUGUGGCAGGUGCAUGCAGAGGGCUUCCUUCAAGCAUGCCUUUCAGGAUCUGAGGGAAUUCAACUGCCAUUUUGGGCCUCACCUUUUCUCCAAAGGACAAAAACGAGUGGGCUUUUCUCACACAGUACAUUGUGUGGUUUGACGGGACGAACUUUUGACGGUUUUCUUUUUCUUUGUUUUCUGUUGGUUGAAGUGAACUUCCUGUGCGAUCGUGGUAGUCAUAUUUUGUAAGCGUGUUUACUUCAAUUGGACCACCAAAUUCAGGAAGUGUCUCAAAUGGAAUGUGGAGCCAUUAGGCUCCCCAGGUUUGAGCGAAAACACAUUUGUUCCUAUUAUUCAGUACCUAAUGAAACGUUACACUUCUCAAGCUUAAGUAAUGAGAGUGAUUUGGUUGGAGAACAAAGCAGCACCAUGCGAACUGUAAUCUUUCAAAAAUUAAUGUUAGCCCCAUCGGCUUAAUUAUUAGACAUGCGAUUAAACUUGCUGUAAAAUCGUUUCCAUGUUUUUUCAAAGGAUUUACUAAUUGUUUCAGCCUUGCACGUCUAAAUAGAAACAGAAGGCGAGAAGUUGCUGCUCUUACAUUCUUGAUUAUUUAAUUUUCUAUGAACUGUGACGAUCAUUUUGAACCGGUCUCAAUUGGGCUCUACCACUUCAUUACACCUACACUACAUGACCUGAAGUGUGUGGACACCUGCUCGUCGAACAUCUUGUUCCAAAAUGAUGGGCAUUUAAUAUGGAGUUGGUUCCUGCUUUGCUCCUGCAACAGCCUUCACUCUUCUGGGAAGGCUUUCCAUUAGAUGUUGGAACAUUUGCUGCAGGGACUUGCUUCCAUUCAGCCACAAGCGCAUUAGUGAUGUUGGGCGAUUAGGCCUGGCUUGCAGUCGGCAUUCCAAUUCAUCCGAAAGGUGUUUGAUGGUUGAGGUCAGGGCUCUGUGCAGGCUAGUCAAGUUCUUCUACACCUAUCUCGACUAACCGUUUCUCUAUGGACCUUGCUUUGUGCAUGGGGGCAUUGUCAUGCUGAAGCAGGAAAGGGCCUUCCCCAAACUGUUGCCACAAAGUUGGAAGCAUAGAAUCAUAUAGAAUGUCAUUGAUUGCUGUAGCGUUAAGAUUUCCUUCACUGGAACUAAGGGGCCUAGCCCGAACCAUUAAAAAAUGCCCCCGACCAUUCUUCCUCCUCCACCAAAAUUUACAGUUGGUACUAUACAUUCGGGCAGGCAACGUUCUGGCAUCCACCAAACCCAGGUACGCCCGUCGGACUGCAAGAUGCUAAAGUGUGUUUAAUCUCUCCAGAGAACAUGUUUCCACUGCUCUAGAGUCCAAUGGUGGCGAGCUUUACACCACUCCAGCCAAUGCUUGGCAUUGCGCAUGAUUAUCUUAGGCUUGUGUGCGGCCAUAGAAACCCAUUUCAUGACGCUCCCGACGAACAGAUCUUGUGCUGAAGUUUGGAACUCUGUAGCGAGUGUUGCAAUCGAUGACAGACAAUUUUUAAUCGCUUCAGCACUCAGCGGUUCUGUUGUGUGAGCUUGUGGGCUUACCACUUCAUGGCGUUGUUCCUAAAUGUUUCCACUUCACAAUAACAGCACCCACAGUUGACUGGGGCAGCUCUAGCAGGGCAGAAAUUUGACAAACUGACUUGUUGGAAAGGUAGCAUCCUAUGACGGUGCCACGUUGAAAGUCACCGAGCUCUUCAGUAAGGCCAUUCUACUGCCAAUGUUUGUCUAUGGAGAUUUAAUUGCUGUGUGGCUGAAAUAGUCGAAUACACUAAUUUGAUUGGGUGUCCACAUACUUUUGUGUGUAUAUAUAGUGUACCUCAGAACACUCAACAAACCUCAUGUCAACUGUGGGUGUUGGGAAGGUCUUCAACUGUCCUGUCAUUAUCACAUAUUUUUUUAGCGUUGUAGACUACAGUUGCUUACUGGAUCAGUUUUGAUUUCUGUUAGGAAAAUAUUGAUUUGUUUAUAUAUGGCUUUUUGUGAUGUUAACUGUAGUGCAUGACCUUGUUACUUUUACUGCACUUCCAGCCAUUUUCCCUUCUCGCUAAUUAUUACAGCUAAAAUGGCUCCUGGGCCCCUGGAUGCCAUGUUGCGUGUGACGGGGAAGAGAAUUAGAGUCGCGCAAUGCCGUGGACGCAGUCCCCACAAAGGUAAAGCCCUCUGCCCCCGACCACGCCUGCACUUCGACCAUACACUUCCCCUCAUUGACCCCACUCCUGCACAACGAGGCACUCCAUCUUAUUAUUUCUUUGAGAUCUGGGAGAGCUGGAAGCCCAACCCGCCCAGUUCAGACGUAGGGGCCUGAAUGUCUGGCCAUGUCCCCUCAUUGGAGUCCUAGUAUGGCUUAUAAGGGUUAACUCCACCAGGCACUUACACUAUGUAGCCUUUGCAGACUCACCUGAUCUGGGUUUGAUGUGACUAGAAAUCAUCCAGCCUUUUCAUGCCUCUUUCUGAUGCCAUUUUCCAUAAGGGAAUUAGAUGACCCAUCUACAGUAGUCAGGGUUUUUCCCCCCAUUUUUUUUUUUUCAUUCUAUUUAUGUUUUUAAAGGAAGUAAUCAGCCAAAUUGAAAUGAGCCACUAAUAUAAUGUCAUUCAAUAAACAUUGAAGUAGUCCCUCCAGAUUGAAAUAACCUGUAGUCAAACAGAUUUAGGAAACUAUCGUAUUGUAAUUGAGGAUGAUCAGGCUGGGGUUUGCCGGAGUUGUUGCGCAUGUUUGUGUUGUGGCAUAUUUUUCUGAGGUAUUUCCAGCGAGACGUGCGUUCACUCUCAAAACUGAGGUGUUCCAGCUGUGCUUUGAAAGGCUAAGGACGCAGUGGUAUGCAAAAGGCCAGCUGAACGGAGGGAGGUAGGGCUAUCGACAACUGUGUCCCACGCAUGUUGGGUGAGUAACCAAUGCACCACUAACCGGCUCAAAUCCACCUACCUCCGCCCCCCCCCUCAAUCUGCAACACAACGGCCAACCCUCUCACUCUUAUCCCAUAGCCAAUACAUCUACAGGCCUACAACACCAUGGCCUAGAGAGAACAUUCCACAGCUGCAUUAGCUUAGGAGAUAUGAAUGCCGAGAGGACACUAUUCAGUAUUAUACCUCCCAUGUCUAGUUACAUUGCAAAGUCUAUUCUACAUUUCCUAAUCGCCCGGUUAAAUUGGCUAAUUGCAAUUUGCAUACCUUGAUUGGGAACCCUUAAUGUUAUCUCGUGGUUUAUUUUUAAAGGGAUACUUUGGGAUUUUGGCAAUGAAGCCCUUUUAUCUAAUUCCCCAGAGUCAGAUGACCUCAUGGAUACCGUUUUAUGUCUCUGCAUCCAGUAUGUUUCUCGAGGCAAUUCUAGCUAGCGUUGGCACAAUGAACAUUUAUGGUAUCUACUAGCAUGCCGUUACCAUAGAUUUCCAGUCAGCACGCUAAUGCUAGUUAGCAAUUGCACAAACACCAGUUAGCAACUUCCUUCAAACUGCACGCAGAAGCAUAGGAAAUGGUAUCCACGAGUUCAUCUGACUGGGGAAGUAGAUAAAGGGCUUCAUUGACAAAAUCAUGAAGUAUACCUUUAUGAUUUCAUAGGCUGCGUUUACACAGGCAGUGCAAUUCUGAUCUUAUGCCACUAAUUGGUCUUUUGACUGAGGUCUGACAAUCGGACUACACUGUGUACAAAACAUUAGGAACACUUGCUUUUUCCUUGAGACUGACCAGGUGAAUGCUGUGAUCCCUUAUUGAUGUCACUUGUUAAAUCCACUUCAGUCAGUGUAGGUGAUGGGGAGAAGAUGGGUUAAAUAAGGAUUGAUUUUUAAGCCUUGACAAUAUUAAUGCAUGGGUUGUGUGCCAUUCAGAGGGUGAACGUUUGAAGUGCCUUAGAACAGGGGUAUGGUAGUAGGUGCCAGGCGCAAGAACUGCCAGUGUGUCAAGAACUACAAGGCUGCUGGGUUUUUCAUGCUCUACAUUUUCCUGUGCGUAUCAAGAGUGGUCCACCACCCAAAGGACAUCCAACCAACUUGACACAACUGUGGGAAGCACUGGAGUCAACAUGGGGCCCGAAUCCCUGUAGAACGCUUUCGACACUUUGUAGAGUCCGUGCCCCGACUAAUUGGGGGCUGUUCUGAGAGCAAAAGAGGGUGCAACUCAAUAUUUGGAAGGUAUUCCUAAAAAUAAGUUGUGCGCUCAGCCUACGGUACACCUUGCACAGUUUUGAAUCAAAGUUUCCUUACUCAUCUGUUACAUUCAGGUUCUAAAUUGCCACUAACCACAUACUACUAAACAAUUGUUCUCCAGCUCCCCCUUCUCAAUCUUUUGUGCAUUGGAACUCCUGACAACAUAUUUUUUACUAAUGGACUUGUUUGAGCUCAUGUGGAUUGAGACUGAAAAGGAUAUGUAAGAUGAAGCUUUAAUAGAAAUCAGGGAAAAUACUGUAAAUCUGUAGCUUAGCGUUAUUUGUCCAUUACAGAAAAUGAAAUCUACAGGUUGCUGAUUGCAGAACCAUUUAUUUGAAAUCUAAAAAUUAUAAUCGCCUGAAAUGUUUUCAUUUCCUUUUUGACAUAUUAGAUAAAUUAAGACCCAUUGUUCUGUGUUACUUGUAAGACUCAAUAAAUGUACAUUUGACACGA